UUUUACAAUUGAAGCUUGGAUUUAUUAUUCAACAUCUACCUCUGAUCGUGGAAUAUUUGGUCAAUGUCAAUGUUCAACUUGUGCUAAUCAAUGUUUAUAUUUAAUUAUGCGAAAUAAUCGCUUGUACGUUGAUUUCAUAUCGAAUUAUUUGUCUGGUUCGACGGCUAUUUCAACUACUUAUUGGUAUCAUAUUGCAUUUGUUUAUAAUUAUGAAACACGACAACAAAUAUUAUAUCUCAAUGGAGUUCAAGAUGCUAUCAAAUCAAGUGCACAACCUUAUCAAGGACAAAAUGGAAGUAUCAAUAUUGGUUCAGCUCGAGCUUAUUCGACCACAUACUAUUAUCUUAGCUAUAUUGAUAAUGUAGCAUUGACAACAAGAGCAAAAUCUUCAGUAGAAAUUUUACGUGAUGCAUCUUUAAUGGCUUACUAUUCAUUUGAUUCACCUAAUCCAACUGUUGACAAUGGUCCGAAUGGAUUAGACGGAACAUCGAAUAAUAUAGUUACAGCUAGUGGACGUGUCAAUGAAGCAAUGGGUUUUCUUGGAUCAUCAUCAUCCUAUUUUCGAGCUUAUGGUUUUUAUCAAAUUUCUUGUGGCGUUGUUGGUCUCAAACCAUUUUCAAUGGCUAUGUGGAUAAAUCCAUCAUCAAUCAGUAAUAUCGCAAUUAUUCAAAUGUUUUAUUCAACUAUUAAUUCAGGGAGUUGUGACAAUUUACUUGGUAUUUCGUCAACAAAUUUAUUAACGGGACAGUUGAUAGUAUACAGUGUUAGUUCUUUACGGUUGACUGGUCCAUUUGUAACACAAAAUACAUGGACACACAUUUCAUUGACAUAUAGUUCAGGAAAUGGAUACACAUUGUAUGUUAAUGGAGUUCUUUUUGGUUCAACUGGCACUGUAUCAUACUGGACUAGCGGUACUUUUGCAAAUCUUUGCAUAAGUUAUUUGACUAGUUGUUCUUCAAGUUCUGUAAAUGGAUAUUAUCAGGGUUACAUUGAUGAACUUUAUAUUUACAAUCGAGAACUAUCACAAACAGACGUUACUAGUCUUGCUAAUCCGUGA